CAAUUAAUGUGUUGUGUAGUGGCUUUGCUGGAUUUGCCCCACUGAGAUGUACAUGCCACUGGAAAUAGUGCACAAAGAACAGAUAGAUCUACCAGUUCUUAGACUUGCUUUCAAUAAGGACAGAUCUAUAACUGCAUUUCUAUAUUAAUUUGAUCAGGUCGCCCAAAAGUUACAUAUUGCAGUUUUAACAAAAUCUAUGGCAAAAACAUUAAAAAUAUCUGUUUUGGGGCUACAAUGAUAAUGUUAUGGUAAAACAGUUGUAGGCCUAUGCUGGGCUUUUAAAACUAGAUUUAGUGAGCAUCAAACCAACCUGGUUCAUCGCCAGAGUUUUUUAAAAUGUAUCUAUUAUAGUAAUAUUUAUUUUUUUACCCCCUUUUCUCCCCAAUUUUGUCGUAUCCAAUUGUUAGUAAUUACUAUCUUGUCCCAUCGCUACAACUCCCGUUAAAAUUAUCAUCCUAUUUCUAAACUUUCUUCCCUAGCUAAAAUAUUAGAAUCCUUGAUUAAUUCUCAGCUAAGAUCUUUCUUAUCUUUGAAAUGUAUUAUAAAUGUAAACUAUAAAUGUAAAAUAUAAACAUCCCUAGUUCUAAAUGAUGUGGUUUACUGUAUGACUAAAAGGCAACAUUGUGCUGCCAUCUGCAUUGACCUGUCAGACUUUCGAUACUGUUGAUUAUUCACUGCUAAUUCAGAGGCCUUCCUCAAUUGACCUAGACAGGCUGCAUGUAACGGAUGGUGUUAAAUCAGGUUUCCUGGAUAUUGGCCCUCUUUCAUGUGACGUAGGUUGAUACAUGGCCAUGUUUUCAUUUAUAAAGCCCUUUUACAAAACGUCCCACUGUACCGAACAUCUUUACUAAACUUUAAACAUACGAGUUACCACACCCAGUCUCAGGGAUGGUUAACUCUGGAAAUUACUUUGGUCUCUACUGAGUUAGGUAAAUCAGCUUUUAGUUUUCUUUCACCUUUAUUUGUGGAACAAUCUUCAAAAUGUUCUUAAAUGUGAUGUUUUGGUGCCUUUGGGGCAAUUCAGAAGGCUGAUUGAUGAAUGUGUUUGUUUUUUAUGACGAUGUUCUUAUUGAGACCAGGGGGUUUGUCUCAGUAUGACUCCUUUAAAAAAAAUAAAGGUUAAACAAUUCUAUCGCUCGCGUUGGUAGACGUCAACGCUUCCUGACUCCAUAACACCGUAUCGACGUUUAUGCUGUGUUUCAUUCUCUACAGACUCUUGGGCUAAGUCGAUACACCAUCAAACUAUUGCUAGUUAAAUAAAGAUUACACUUUUUUUUGUUAAUACAUUGUUUGUCAACUGCUUCAUAUCGAAGCAUACAUAGCGCUACACUUUUUACAAAAUAUAAAACAAGACACCACAUUUUGUUAGUAACCAAUCGCUGCAACACUAGUUACUCGCAUGUGAUCCUCCACAGAAACGAACCAAUGAGACACGAUCUAAACAAUACUGACGUCAAUGAGGGGUGUGACUUCGCUCCAACAAGUCUGGGCAAAACAACUGCGUAAUACAAUUGUCCAUUAUUGUCAGGUCCAAUAAUGAACAUUAUUUGACUACGCGUAAUUAUGAGUUUAAGAAUCAGUCUUAGUCUAUUAACGCACUUUCACUUUUUACAAUGAAUUCAAAAACAACUCCAAGGGACGAUCCAUUAGAUGACGGGUGUGAUUUAAGGGAUGCACAACUCAGGAUACAGUCGGAGCGUCUCGCCCCGUCUGACCAACCUAGUUUGACUCCCCCUGCUGGUACCAGUCUGACUCCUGCGUAUGGUACCAGUUUGACUCCCGCUGGUACCAGUUUGACUCCCGCUGGUACCAGUUUGACUCCCGCUGGUACCAGUCUGACUCCCGCUGGUACCAGUCUGACUCCUGCUGGUACCAGUCUGACUCUUGCUAGUGGUACCAGUACCAGUUUGAGCGCUGGUGCUGAUCAACACAGUCCGACACUGGGUGUGUGUGUGGUCGAUGAUGGCCAGUCCCUUGCCAAGAAGGAGGAGAGAAUCGAUGGUCAAAUUAAGAAACGGGGUCACGUGGCCGUGGCCCCGUUCGAGAGGCUGAGCAACAAUAGGAGCACUGUUACCCUGUCAGUCCCAAACCAGAGUCCAAUGGAGAGGUUCAGUAAGCAUCACCUGAAUGUUACUCAGCUGUGUGAGCAGUCAUGGUGUGAAAUUAAAGUGGUCUAUGGGUUCCUCAAGCCUCAUACGAAGAGGAGAGAGAUGAGAAGGACUGCAGUGACGACAGGGGCCAGUAUUCAUCUUGCUAGAGAACUGGAGGCAAACCCAGAUGCUGUGACUGUGGUUGUUCAUACCAGAGAGGACAGGGAAGCCUUGAAACUCAUCAACCUGAUACAGAUGGUCCCAGCUCUGGAGGCAGGCCAGCUUGUGCGGGAGUUUCCAGUGUUAGGUUUGUUGGAUGGGGUGUUUUUCCUGGGUGUGGUUGAUGAGCUCUAUUGUAGUAAGUCUGGGGAUCUGGUCCUGAGUGAACUGAAGACCCGCAGUCACAACUCCCUGCCGCAUCCUGCCCAGGCCAAGGGACACUCUCUACAGGUGGGUGUGUAUAAGCUGCUGUUUGACUCCAUGGUUCAGGGUUCUAUGAAGAGGGAUCAGCUCCUCCACUUCCUCAAGCUCCGGCCCCACCAGGCCUUUGGGUCAGAGCUCCAGAGCUAUGCCCAGAAAUUGGGCCUCCUGGCAGUCACCUUCGGAGAGCUUGUGGACCACCUGUUGGUUGUGCUACAUUUCUCUAACCUCCAGCCCAUUGACAAGCUAUGCCUGGAAUACAGACAUCAGAGCUCCGGAGUCCUCAUAGGAAACAGGGAGGUAGAGUUUGAGGAGACCCAGCUAAGGGCUGAGCUCAGGGACUACCUGGCCUUCUGGAGGGGGGAGAGGGAGCCCCAUGGAGUGGAUAUUGAGGAUAUAGAAGAGGCUUGGAAGUGUAGGAUGUGCCCCUAUGAGGAGAGCUGUGAUUGGAGGAGGAGUAGGUUGCAAGAGAUGAUGGUUGAUGGUAGUAAGAAAGCCAAAUUGGAUGGUUCUAAAUCAGACUCCCCCAAUUCAAGUCGGAGAGUCCCAAAUUGAAGUUUGUCAGGUCUGAGAAUCCAAAAUGGGAGAGUCCAAGGUAGGAUAGUCCAACAGUGGAUAGCCUGACAUCGGCAUGACUUCCGUCAUGAUUUUAUGGGUUUACAAUAGGGUUGAAUAGCGGGGAGGGGCCUCCCGAGUGGCGCAGUGGUCUAAGGCACUGCAUCGCAGUGCUAGCUGUGCCACUAGAGAUUCUGGGUUCGAGUCCAGGCUCUGUCGCAGCCGGCCAUGACCAGGAGACCCAAUUCCAGUGUGUCAAGUUCACAUACACAAAGUUGACUGUGCCUUUAAACAGCUUGGAAAAUUCCAGGAAAUAAUGUCAUGGCUUUAGAAGCUUCUGGUAGGCUAAUUGACAUAAUUUGAGUCAAUUGGAGGUGUACCUGUGGAUGUAUUUCAAGGCCUACCUUCAAACUCAGUGCUUCUUUGCUUGACAUCAUGGGAAAAUCAAAAGAAAUCAGCAAAGACCUCAGAAAAAAAUUGGAGACCUCCACAAAUCUGGUUCAUCCUUGGGAGCAAUUUCCAAAUGCCUGAAGGUACCACGUUCAUCUGUACAAACAAUAGUACGCAAGUAUAAACACCAUGGACCACGCAGCCGUCAUACCUCUCAGGAAGGAGACGCGUCCUGUCUCCUAGAGAUGAACGUAUUUUGGUGUGAAAAGUGCAAAUCAAUCCCAGAACAACAGUAAAGGACCUUGUGAGGAUGCUGGAGGAAACGGGUACAAAAGUAUCUAUAUCCACAGUAAAACGAGUCCUAUAUCGACAUAACCUGAAAGGCCAAUCAGCAAGGAAGAAGCCACUGCUCCAAAACUGCCAUUAAAAAAGCCAGACUACGGUUUGCAACUGCACAUGGGGACAAAGAUCAUACUUUUUGGAGAAAUGUCCUCUGGUCUGAUGAAACAAAAAUAGAACUGUUUGGCCAUAAUAACCAUCCUUAUGUUUGGAGGAAAAAGGGGGAGGCUUGCAAGCCGAAGAACACCAUCCCAACCGUGAAGCACAGGGGUGGCAGCAUCAUGUUGUGGGGGUGCUUUGCUGCAGGAGGGACUGGUGCGCUUCACAAAAUAGAUGGCAUCAUGAGGGAGGAAAAUUAUGUGGAUAUAUUGAAGCAACAUCUCAAGACAUCAGUCAAGAAGUUAAAGCUUGGUCGCAAAUGGGUCUUCCAAAUGGACAAUGACCCCAAAAAAUAUACUUUCGAAGUUGUGGCAAAAUGGCUUAAGGACAACAAAGUCAAGGUAUUGGAGUGGCCAUCACAAAGCCCUGACCUCAAUCCUAUAGAACAUUUGUGGGUGUAACGGAUGUGAAAUGGCUAGCUAGUUAGCAGUGGUCCGCGCUAAUAGCGUUUCAAUCGGUUACGUCACUCGCUUUGAGACCCUGAAGUAGUGGUUCCCCUUGCUCUGCAAGGGCCGCAGCUUUUGUGGAGCGAUGGGUAACGACGCUUCGUGGGUGACUGUUGUUGAUGUGUGCAGAGGGUCCCUGGUUCGCGUCGGGGCGAGGGGACGUACUAAAGUUAUACUGUUACAUGGGCAGAACUGAAAAAGUGUGUAUGAGGAAGGAGGCCUACAAACCUGACUCAGUUACACCAGCUCUGUCAGGAGGAAUGGGCCAAAAUUCACCCAACUUAUUGUGGGAAGCUUGUGGAAGGCUACCCCAAAACGUUUGACCCAAGUUAAACAAUUUAAAGGCAAUGCUACCAAAUACUAAUUGAGUGUAUGUAAACUUCUGACCCACUGGGAAUGUGAUGAAAGAAAUAAUUACUAUUAUUCUGACAUUUCACAUUGUUAAAAAAAAGUGGUGAUCCUAACUGACCUAAGACAUGGAAUUUUUACUCGGAUUACAUGUCAGGAAUUGUGAAACUGAUUUUAAAUGUAUUUGGCUAAGGUGUAUGUAAACUUCCGACUUCAACUGUAUGUGAUUUCUAAAUCUGGCUUCUCUACUAUCUGAAUGAUCAAUCAUCAACGCUCAAGGUGGGGACAGGCAGCACAUCUCAGUACGGAGUGCAGUUCACAAUGCAUGCAUCAUCUCAUUGUAACUUUUUUUGUGUGAAAGUUAAGACCCCAUUCGCUGUAGCAUAGCCUAUGCUACUGUAAAUAUGCAUUUUGUUUUUCAUUGCAGCUGCAGAGUUUUAAAAUAGCCUAUCACUAAAAUAUCAUUGCUUUAAAUCAAUGUGCACUCGAGCACUCACCCAGUCUUUCUCUCCAUCAAUUCCAUAUGGAAUCAUGUAGUAACCAAAAAAGCGUUAAACAAAUCAAAAUAUAUUUUAGAUUCUUCAAAGUUGCCAUCCUUUGCCUUGAUGACAGCUUUGAACACUCCUUGCAUUCUGUCAACCAGCUUCAUGAGAUAGUCACCUGGAAUGCAUUUCAGUUAACAGGUGUGCCUUGUUAAAAGUACAUUUGUGGAAUUUCUUUCCUUCAUAAUGGGAGUUUGAAAGAAGAGCGAAAGCGCGAUGGUGGUAGGAUAUACCAGUUAUUUAUUCAGACCCAUUACCAUUCAAUCUUCAUGAAGAGAAAUGACAGCCGUCUGCAUCUUAUUCUAGCCCUAUGUUAUUCAAGCAUGACAUUAUAAUGAUGAAGGUAUGGACAACAAAACUUACUUCAUUCAGGGGUGCAACAAUCACUGUGGACAUGGGGGGUCAUGUCCCACACAUUCUGAAAUUGCAUGUUUGUCCCCCACAAUUUUCUCAUUGCAAUGUGAUACAAAAAGUGUCAACAGUGUGCUUUAGGACCAUGCGGACACCUCAGCACGGUCGGCUGGAUUUUGGACCAUGUGGACACCAUAGUGGUCUGUCAGGCAGUGUGAAGGCCAAGCUUCUGGAAGCCUGGCUUUUUACUUGUUCAGUUUGUCAUUCUUUUGUUUUUAUCUUAUGUUUGUUUAUUUUUUUCCUGUAAAGCACAUUGUGUUGCAUUCCAUGUCUGAAAUUUGCUGUAUAAAUAAAGCUUGAUUUGAUUUGACCAGUUUGUGAGUAGUUGUUCCAUUUGUUAUCCUUUUGUUUUUGUAGUAAAUAUUUCAGCUUUUAUUUUCAUUGUUUUUUCCUGUAAAGCAAAUUGUGUUGCAUUCCAUGUCUGAAAUGUGCUGUAUAAAUAAAGAUUGAUUUGACCAGCA